UCAGAUGACUCUCCUGAAGCUUGUUUGCCUGUAGAGCAGAUCAACGAACACCGUCAUGUUCGUAUCCCCUUUUGUUAUGGGUGACAUAUUAGUCUGUAGCUCCCAUGGUUUGAUCUGGACAGUCGAUUUUGUGAAAAGACCUCUUCUAAAUCAGGAUUUCUGCUACAAAGCGUUCAGACGACUGCCCCUAAAUCGUAUGGAUGUCAUAGAGCCAAACAACCGACUGUCGCGCUCGUCGGAAAUGCCUGUAGUCCACCGCGAUAGGUGCAUACCUGUCUACCCGCAGAUAGGGUUUCCUGCAUGACCUACUUAAAAGCGGCCCAUCCUCUCUGCUGCGGUCUCUCUCCAUCUCCGGUCUCUCUCCAUCUCCGACCGCUAAGAGCAAUGAGGAACCCACAAUCGUCCAUCCUGCUCUCAUUUCUCGGUCUGUUAUUAGUCUGGCCUGAUGUACAUUCUACAGAUGUCCUCUCCUCCACACAGCCAGCCCCAACCAGCCCCCCCUGCUCCCACUGUGAGGCAGGAACAACAGCAGACCAGGAGCAGUCCCGUCCUCACAUGGAGAAGGUGAUGAUCCGCAAAUGUGACUCCAAUCUGGAGAGCUACUGUCUCAACGGAGAAUGUCUCUUACUGCUGGAUCUCAACGAACACCACUGCAAGUGUGAGAGGGGUUACUACGGGCCCAGGUGUGCUCACCUGGAGAUGGUGUUUCAGCCAAUGAAAGAAGAGCAUGUCAUCCUGAUGGUGGUAUGUGGGGGCCUUCUGUUUGUAGGCAUCGCUGGAGCCUUCUACUUCUUCUGCCGAUGGUACAAGAGAAAUAGAUGUCCACCCCAACAGAAACAGCAGACGUACCAGGAGGUGCAGAUGGUGUGACGUGUGUAUGUUUGACAGUAGCCAUAAGGUCAAUCAUUAUGUUCCAUAAUAUACUGUAGUUCUGUUACUUACCAGGGUUACGUUCAUCAGCGCGUUUUCUUCCAUGCUGUGCCUACUGAACACGACUCCAGCAUUUCUAGUGUGUGUGUGUGUGUGUGUGUGUGUGUGUGUGUCUCAAACUGAAAAUGUAUUUUUGUCAGGAGUUUUGCAUGGCUGUAAAGAUUAUUUCUGUCUCCAUGUUAGAAUGGCUGACUAUCCUGUUUGGUAUCAUGUCUGUUCCAGUUUUUGGCCAUAUUGAACUUCAUAUGCAGUAUUUUAAAUUAUACAAAUAUUUGUUUUUGUUUUUUAUUUAUGACAUUUCUAAUAAAACGUGUCCUUUUCUUUGUA